AUGACGGAUUUUCAUGGAGUGGAGGAACUCAAGACUUAUGUCCCAAGUCUCAUCAAUAUCGUAAGUAACUGGGGAAAGUCUUGGUAUGUCAUCUUUUUUUCCUUGUUAUAUUGCCAUUUUGAUAUUAAUAGCUCCUUCUGAAAACUAACUCCAAUAAGAAGUUAUUAACUAUAUUAGGAGCAGAUGAACAUGAUUUGUUUUAAAUUGCCGUCACUGUUAGAGCGGUUUUCACUUGACUGUCGAAAGUAAUUGAGGAAUUGGUUUGGUUUUGGUUUUACUACGCCCUUUCGUUGGCUAGUGUAUUUACUUUGGUUUUGGUUUUACGACAGUCAAGUGAAAACCGCUCUAGUACAGUAUAUGUAUCAUUAGUUUCUAAUUACGAUAAUUGUCUUCAGGCCUAUAAUCUUUUGAGUGACAGUUCUAUUGGAGCAAACGUGAAGUACGUCCUGCACAAACUGCUAAUUCUUGAGCAUGAUCAGGUAAGACUGUUAUUCUCCAAGGAUAUUUUGUCGAUGUUUCCGUUUUACGUUAAAGGGGUAAUAAAAUGUGGAAAGGACUGAAGAAUCAUGUUUCAUAAUGCGCGAUAAAGCUUUGAUGUGCUUGCUGAUUUCGUCUUUCCUUACUGAGGAAACUGUAGUUUUGGGAUAGAAAAAACGGGGUAGAAAAAAGGAGAGAACGCUCGUGGGUAGCUACAUGAGUUCACAUAGAUACCACGUCAUUUUGGAGCACAUAACAAGGUGGUAGAUAAAACUGGAGGGUUCACAUGGCUCUAAACGAACUGCUUCCUUUUUUUCUACUUUUUUAUAUUUAUGUCUCAAUGAAUGUGAACUUCAGUGUAGUAUAAGCUGCCCGUCUAUUUCUUCGAAGGAAGGAAAGGUUAAGAAGUCCAUCAACGGAGACAUAUCUAUGGAAUUAAAUAGCCAUAAUUGGCCUCUUGUUCCACUGUCGCGUUGAGAUCCACUGAUAAAGGCUUAGUCCAUCUCAAUUCCUGACUGAGUCGAACAGGGCCGAUAGAUUGCCUUGAUGUAAAUACUUAUUAUCUCAUUAUUCAUUUUCCAAUGACUUAAUAAAACAGCCACUUGGCACAAUAUUUGAAAAGAAACUGAUCAUUGCCCAUUCCCGGUAUCGUCCGUAUAAUAGCGACAUUUUUCACUGAAUGCUGGAUGAGGUUGUUUAAAGGGAACUUUUUUAUCUCACUAAAAAGAAACUUUGCUAACAGCCAUCACUAUAAUUCUGACUUGUAGGAAGGACUCGUAAUAAGCUCUCAUGCCGGUAACACCAUGGAAAGCUUCUGCCUUUGGGCCAAGGGACAAAAUCCAGUGGAUGACAGCAAUCCAGAUCACUUUGAUCAUGCCGCUCUUAUUUCACGGUAAGGAUUUACGGUAGUAUUACACUGUCUCUCAAGCUUCACUGCAAAUGUAAUGAGACCUGAGUAACCAAGUCCCAUUAACUCCCACUCACCCUACUAAAUGUGGAGAAAUGUUAGCCUCAUAGAGCUCCUGCACAAUUUCGGGAGAGUUGUUGCAUCUUUGCAUGUUUUUUCUGUUUCUGCGUGGCAUCUGCAAUGUUUCUCAGAUCUGUUAGGAACCGUGAAAAAAUAAAUCAAAAGCUGACAUUUCGACUGCUACGGCUUGCCCUUCAUCAGAACAAAGUUGUUAGUUGUGUUUAGUGUAUAUAGUUGAAUGGAAGAGUGACGAUUUGAAUGAUUAACUUUUACUGCAGAUUUUCGCGGUAGUCCGUGUGUUUACUUGGUGCAAGGAGAGACGGCAGAUUGUCGUGUUGUUUUUGCUUAACCGAUUUUGAAGAUUGAAAAUGUGGUGUUAUUUCUUUUCAAAACUCUAAGACGUUCGCAGAAACGGUUGCCUAUGUUUCUCCCCAUUUCGCCUGCAUAAAUGUUUUUCCAUUUAUUCAGGUUGUAACAGGUGUCCGUUACAGAAUUUCAUGUGACUUAAACAAGCUGUUUUGGUCCCGACUAAAUUUGUCCACGUUGUGAGUGAAAGGUCAAAUCUUGCAUUGUGCGCGCACCCCCUCGUACCUAGACGCCUCUUUUUAGAUGAAAAUUUGCGCGCAAAGGAAGGAAGGAAGGAAGGAGAAAACAUGAUCAUAUGCGCUUUGUCGAAAGUCACUUGCAUUUCGCAGUCGCCUCUGCCAUGUGUAAAACGAUGCACCUGAGGAGGAUUCGAGGCAAGUGCGCACGCGCAUUUGAAAGUUCCAGGUUGAGUUUUUGAUUCCGUUUUACCAAUGUGCCAUCGCAGCGUCUCUCGGAGCUAACAAUUUUAAUUCUCAUAUACCGCAUGGUCCGUACAAUUGCUAAUUUGAAUUCUUUAAGAUUUCUGUGCUGGCAAUGACUUUAUGGGACAUCCUCAUCCGCCAAGGGUUUUUUUUAUUAUUAUUAUUCUAGAUACGAUUUUUGUCGAAAUACGGAUAAAAGAAUGGGACAAAGCUGUGAAAAAGUUUUAGGUGAGAAAUAUUUGUAUUUUAAUAGCAAAAUAAACGUAUCUACCAAAAUGGCUCAGGGUCGUCUUACCGACUAUCCAAAGAUCAAGGAAAACUUAUAACUAACCAACUGAAGAUUAAUCGCGCUAUUUAUCAUAGAUGUUGUAUUGCUGUACAGCUAAUGCUUUUUCUUAAAAGAACAAAAUUUAACUAAGAAGUAGUGGAUUAUAAAAGGAGGAAAUACUAAAAGUUUAUUUAUUUUUUACUCUUGUUGUAAACAAAGGUCUGGCGCAAGUUCAAGGAAUGUGCAGCUUGACAGGGAGUUGCACACUAAGCAAGGAUGGAGGACUGGGAACGGCUUACACCAUUGUACAUGAAACAGGGCACAAGUAAGUAAAACUGUUAAAACCAGUCCAGGUAGAGGACCCGAUCUAGUUUCCUUAAUUUUCACCCUGGCCCUCACUGAGUUUUCCGUCUCACUGUGGGUCAUAAACCUUUGUUAUGUUAUCUUAAGCGACUUUUGUUAUAAACCAAUCAUAGCGUACGCUGUUACAAAAGGGCUGCGUUGUUAUAUUGUUGUCUUACAGUCUUGGUGCGCAGCAUGAUGGCGCCGGCAAUUCAUGCUCUAACAACAAGAAUAUUAUGGCUACACAGGCCAGCGGUAAAGAAACAGCCUUUGAAUGGUCGUUAUGUAGUCGACAAGCAAUUCAUACAUUUUUGUCGUAAGUAUUCCCAGUAGCCUGGCAUCUCUUUGAAACCUCUAAAGUUAUUGGACCCCCAUAUCGUAGUUCUUUUGUUUUGGGGCUACAAUGUAGCUACCAAUGUUAACUCACCCUGCUAGCAGAGCCUUACAUUCACGUGCUUGCUUUUUUCGUACUCGAGAAGGACUCUACUUAAAUCGAGAGGGUCAUGUAGCUGGGUUUCCCUGGCCCCAAAUAAUACUAAAACAAUUGGAAGAAUGACAUGUCAUUGUUUCCUACAACCAAUUAGGACAGACCAUACGAGCAGCUUCUACACUACUCUAUAUCGAAUAAGGUCUAGCAUGUGCUGCUUGUUGCCGGGAUACAGUUUCGAACCCAGGCCUAAUAGCUCUGCGCUUGGCAUAGCGACCUCAGCUGGCAAAACCAGUUUGGCGAUCAAGAACAAUAUUAGCUUGUCCAAAAGUGCGAACGUCAGCAAUUUCAAAGCCUCAACGUCAUUCAGAGAGAGCCUCGGUUUUUUUUUUCUCCUCACUCAAAGAGAAAAACGGAGGCUCUGCUCGCAGGGCGUUGUUAACUUUAUUCCUUCAGUGUUUACCCAACCAAUCUUGUGAGGCCUUGUUACAGACGCCUAGGUAUUUCUUUUUAGUAUUUACCAAAUCAGUUAAUCGCAAUUUUCGCGCGUUUUGAUUGGCUCCCGUAAACUCGGAAUAUCCUUGGCUAUUUACUGUUUUACGACCGCCGCUAAGAUUGCGUCUCGUUUCGAGAAAUUAUCAGAAGACGAAAUUUGAGCGAUAAAUCAAGCAGUCGUACAAAAAAUACCAAGAAAGCGAGAAACUUCAGCUUGUCGGUGUUUACCGGUAGGUAGAAAAUAGUUUUCUUGCUGAAUUUGCAACAAAAUCGCAAAAAGGCACUUGACAAAAUCCUCGAAAUGUUUGUAAAUUGUAAAAAAACUUCCUACUAAGUGACGUUUUUAAUUUACAAAAAUGUUACUUUUUUCAUUUUUAUCCAAUUGACUUGGUUAAUACUAAAACAACUAUCCCAUCCCCCUCAGGGUCGGUGAACAACGCUAGAUAAAUACCUCGACGCUUAACGUCUCGGUAUAUAUCCCUAACUAUUCAUCUUCCCUUAAUUCGUGGGAUAGUUGUAUACUGGUUAACGGUGUCAGGAUAUUGUUGUCUCAUAUUGUACCAACUAUAAAAAGAGAUCCAGGUCAAGAAUUUGACCUAACUUGCUUGUUUGUUCUUGAUAUUUUUCCUCAGUGGUGAUAAUUCGGCGUGUUUAAAAGACAAACCACAAAAGUCUGUUACCAUGCCGCAACGCCUGCCAGGUCAAAUAUAUACCGCUGAUGAUCAAUGUUCGCGGGCCUUUGGGGACAAGUCACGCGCUUGUCCAGCACCCUUCUUAAAGGAGGUGAGCAAGGAGAAAAAAUAAAACCUUUUCAGUCUCUAUAGCCAGUAUCAUUUUUACUUUAAUACAGAGAACACGUCUUUUUUUGUUUACUUUUUAUGGAUAUCAGAAACAUUUAGAUGUAUAACUUUUACCGAUAAUCGAAAGUCAUGUUUUUGAUUUUCUUUUCCCAGAAAAUAUGUCUUCAGCUUUGGUGCGUAAACCCAGAAACGAGAAUGUGCACCACACAUCAUGAACCUGGCGCUGAGGGCUCAAGCUGUGGUCAUAAAAAGGUACAAAUAAUUUUUCGAAACCCGUGCUAAACAGGCAGUUACUUAAAGAGACUAUGUCAGGGCUGUCAGUUCAUUUUCCUUUUCAUACCAACUACGCGUUCUUAUUCGCUACGAAGUUGAGAAAUUACUUGUGAAUGACAAAGUCACAGCUAGAUGUCUAACAAAUGUCCCCCAAUCAUUGUAUCAAACGUAUCAUUAUAUCAAAGCGAAACGUUAUGAUGAAGCCUAGGGACUAGGCAAAGUCAGUAACUCAGUGAGUCAGACGGUAGCCUAGCUGAUCAAUCGAUCUUGAAAUUAAUCAAUAAUGAAAAACAAAGACGCAUUCUUCCAAAAUACGUGCCUUGCACUCCCUCAGUUGACAUUUGUCUCUCUUUUACGAGUCAGUCGUCAUUUUGCUCCUUUUCUUCAACUUUUAAAUUCGCGCCAUAGUUGAGCACAACGAACAUUUUAAAAAAGAGAAAGGUAUUUUAACAUAGACGUUAAAGGACGGAUAAGCGGUGCUUGUGAUAAAGUGAUUUGCACUUUUAAAGCUGAUGUUACACGAGACGAUUCGCAACGACGAUUUUUAGCGCAAUUGUUGCCACGUUAUUUAGAAUUGUUACAACAUUUUUCCAACAUUGCAACGCUGUUUUGCGCUAAAAAUCGUCGUUGCGAAUAGUCCCGUGCAACAUCACCUUAAAAUCGUUAAUUUGUUAUCACUCUCCAGUGGUGUCGCCGCGGACAGUGCGUGCCGUAUGGCAGCGAGGGGCCUGAAGCUGUAGACGGCGGUUAUGGACCGUGGGGAGCUUGGAGCCAGUGUUCUCAUUCAUGUGGAGGGGGACUGAUAACUAGAAAAAGGGAAUGUAACAGUCCAAGGUAAGUUAAUAAAUACGUAAAAAGAAAUUUGGCGCCAAUCUGUUUGGAAGAUAAAUCGUUCUGUUUUUUCCAGAUCAUGUUUCCUAUAUUUGAAUAACAAAAAAAUGCGUGAAACGCGAAAAAAUCACGUAAUAGGGUGUGUCAAAUUGAAAUCUAAAUACUUUUAAUUUAUAUUUAGAAACUUAAGAAGAGCAAGUGACAUUAACCUUCGGCCUUGCCAGUACCUCAAGCAUGCGCAUAGCCAUAUCAACCGGGCGGUGGCACCCAUGGACAGCUGUUUCCCUCCUUAUUGGGGCUCAUCAGCAUGGCAUAGCCGUCGGACCUUUGUGCGGUCAAAGCCGUUUUCAGAGGCCCUUUACUCCCGUGAAGAAAUAGCUGUCUGUGGUUUCCACUGCCCAGGUGAUAUGGCCGUGCGCAUGUGUUAAGUGGUGUACAUGUGGUGUACAAGUUGGUGUACAUAUGUCACUUGCUUUCAAGUUUUUCCUGCAAUUACAGCCGGUAAAAGGUUCCAAAUCCACUACAAUUAAGAUUAUUUCGUCAUGAUGAGUGCACUUAAAAUAGUGUCUGCAAUGUGAGCACCCAUAACAGUGUUUGCAAUUGUCUCUUUUGAUUUAGGCCUGCAAACGGUGGAAAGUUAUGUCAAGGCCAUUCAGCAGAGUUUCGGUUCUGCCACACUCCUGUAAGUAUGUAAUGCCUACUUUAAACAUCCUUAGUUUAAAACAAAUGACUUAUUCUUCGCUGGAAAACUGAGCUAAAUAGUACUAGCUGUUCUCUUUCGCUUCAGAAGUUGAAACAUGCGAGACUUGCCUUGAUCAUUAGCUAAGGGGCAGGAAGAAUUUAUUAUGCAUCGGUGCUCAUACACCAAAAAAAGGACCUCACGGACAAUGGGAUACGUUUCAUUGACUAUUAAUAAUAAUGAAUCCUGAUUUGAUCGCUUAACAGUAGUCGUUUUAACCUUACAUGCAGCAGCCUAAUUCUAAUUAACCUCCGUCUUUGUUUUGUUUUGUUUUUCUCCUUUUUUGCCAUGAGGAGUUUCCUAGUCUGUUUUUCUCUCGACCUUGCAAUGAGUAUUGCGGAGAUUCUAAUAAAUUUCAAUUGUAUUUUAUUUUGCUAUUCUAGAAAUGUGCAGCCGGGACACAAACUCCCAGAGAAAGCCAAUGUGAAGCGAAGCGUCACGUUCGAUUCGUCGAUGGUAACAAGUACCCGUGGAGUUACAACCCCGCGCUUCCUGUCUUAGGUAUUUAACAUUUAAGGGCACAAAGUAUGGGAGGUGUUUGGAGUAAGGCACAGCAACUAUUCCAGUGAAUAAAUUUAUCAUAAUGAAGUUGGUAGAAAAAGCAUUUAGGUAGCUUAACCACCACCCCAUUAAAAAAUCACAAAAAAACCCCCCCCCCCCCCCCAAAAAAAAAAAAAAAACGCGGACGCGCAGUCAAGAUCAACAGUUAUCUAUAGUUACAAACAGGAAUUGUGUGGUGAGCUAUAAAAAGCCAAAAAUUUGACAUUUAGUGCUAAAUAAAACUUAAAACCGUUACAACCUGUUUACAUGGUCUCAGUUUGUCAUUUUGAAAUCCCGAAAUAAUAUAACAUCUUCCGCAAACUCAAAAGUUAAAUGAAAAACAUGUCUUCAUGAUCAAUUAUGUAGGCUAGGAACGGCUAGAAAGUCAAAGCAAGUCAAUAACCUUGUUUCUCCUACUUUUAUCACAUUAAAGCUGGUCAGGAAUGUAAGUUAUAUUGCAUAGCUGAGGUGGGCAUCCGCCAGUUUGCCAAGUUUUCAUUCGGGUAUGUGGAUGACGGAACACGCUGUGAUGACUACGAUGAGAACAGCGGUCUUUGUAUAAACGGCAAAUGCCAGGUAAGGGUCAUGGACGCGAUAUGACGUUAAGUCUCCGCAGACUCCGCAUUGUAAACGUUUUACAGAAGUCAGUGUUGCUCAAGGUGACUUGCGAAACGAAAGAACUAGAUCAUUCUGAACGUGAGAGUUGGAAAACCAGUGUUAUUUUCACUGUACCUCUGUUUGAUUCAUUGUGAAAUGCUAGCAGCAUAGUGAGUCCUCACUGGCCUAAAGCUAGACGAAAUUUAGAACGAAAUGCGGUUUUCCCAAAAAAAGAGAAUCAAGAGCGUGUUUUGCUUUGUAGACUGAAUUGAAAGCCACCCACACCCAAAAGUAGUAUUUCUUCAUAAUUGAAAGGGCAGCUUCAAAAGAGACAGUUGAGAAGAAGAUGACAUUCGAACGCUAGCCCUAGCAAGAGCGAACAUGGUAUUUCUUACACAUACAAAAUUAAAUUAAAUAAGAUGGAUGUGUUCUUUUCAUCAGAACCAGAAUUGAUCAAUUCUUAUUAUUGUUACGUGUUAUUUCUGAUCCAGACCCUAGGAUGCGACAAAGUUCUAGGAUCUUCUAAAGUAUUCGAUCGCUGUGGUGCGUGCGACGGCGACGGAACAUCCUGCAUUGGGAAAAGGUUUACAUACAAAGGCUUCCCUAAACCAAUGAAAGGUUAACAAUUUACUUCUCUUUCUAUAAGGCCGAACAUUUUGAUUUCCUCAGGACGUCUUAGUAUUUUCUUGCUCUUUGAAUGUAGGACAUUACCAGCCUAUUGGAUUUCUCCCAGCUGGCGCAAGAAAUAUUCAAAUCAAAGAAAUGAGUGGCUUCAAAAAUUAUUUGGGUGAGAAAACAUAAGCAUAAUCCCAAUGUUUGCAUCACAUGCACAUUAUAACAUUGUUUAGUAGCAUUUUCAAUUAAUCUAAGAUAGAUUAUACUUAGGGUGAUAUAAAAUAAAAACGGAAUUGUUUACUCCAACUAAGCAUAACGGACCCAGACAAUCCAACUGGCCAAUCAGAACACCGAGCGAGCACGGUUAUAGUAGGGUCGGACUUUCAGUGAUUCUGAUUGGUAAGAAAGGGCCACAAAAGAACACACAUUUUUCGAAUUUUUUGGAAAAAGAAAAAAAUAGGAUAUUAGUAAAUAACAUUUCAGGAAUAUAUGUGAAUCCCCCCAAAAAGUGAAAAAUGCAAUUCCAAAAAAGGUUAAGUACUAUGGUUUUCACAGCUAUGGAAAAAAAAAUAUAUUGAAGAAGCUCCACAACGUUUUCUUUUUUAAUCUUUGUAGAGACUAACUUCAAGUACAUUUAUUUCGAACAACUGGUCUACAGGACCUGCAUUGAUAGCAGUUUUUUUUCCUAAAACUGAAGCAGCAAUCCUUAUAAAUAUGUUUAAAUUAUUAUUAUUAUUAUUAUUAUUAUUAUUAUUAUUAUUAUUAUUAUUAUUAUUAUUAUUAUUAUUAUUAUUAUUAUUAUUAUAAGCUAGAAUAAGAUACCAAAUGAACAAAAGGAAAUAAACGUUAGGCCAUCGAAUGAGGUGGCCAGCAUUAUUUACCAAAGUUACUGACGGUUAAUUAUCGUUAUAUUAUGCUGCACCAACAGCAAUGAUGACAGCAAAAGGAACAGACUUGCUCAACAUGGAUUUCCGCAUUAAGGCACGAGCCUAUAAUUUCGUGGGUGCUGGAACAAGAUUCAAAUACACUCGUGAUGCCUUGAAGAAAGAAAAGAUUACUGCUCAAGGACCGCUGACCGAGAAUGUGGAGUUGAUGGUAUGUUGAGAAGAAAUAAAGAUAGGAGAAAAAAUAUGCGUCAAACAUCCGUCCGAGAGAUCGUCCAUAGUGCAUGGAUGUUAAAUUUAAAAUAUACAUUCAGAAAAACAGUAGGAGUAGUAGGUUUUGUCCUAUUUGCAAUGCAGCAGGAUUUUAAAGGCUUGGAUUUUGCCAUCGGGUGUUUUUUUAGCUUCCGUUAUAACCCCAAGAUGUACGUCUAAAGAGGUGUCUGUCUUGAAAAAAGUUGAUUGACCGUAUAACUACAAUUAAACUUUACGUUUGUAUGUUAUUGCGGCAGUAUUUAGUUCAGUCGUGGAAGGAAGAAUACCAAGUCAGGAUUCGUUACCUCGUCCCCAACCCCUCAGAAGAGGUCGCAGACACAAGAUUUGUGCGCGGAUUGGGACAUAAGCACACCACUUUCAAUUGGACUCGGCGUUCACUGGGUUGUUCUGAGAGCUGCGGGGGAGGUAAGUGAACAGUUCAGUCACCCUGCCAUUCAAUUCUCUAAUGAGAGGUCCUCAAGGACUUAAGGUUGGCUGAAACGCUCUCCUCCUAAUUUCCAAGGGUAAGCCCUGGGGAUGAGGUUGACACGAGGGCUUAAGUUGCCGGGGACAAGACGUUGUGGCAAAUGUCCCCCUAAAUUGUGUUGCAAGGUUGCAAGUGAAAGCUCAUACAGAAAGACUUGUCUCUGUUAUAUCUGCCGGGUAUGCCUCUUAAACACAGUAAACAUGAGCCUUGUGUUGCACCAACCUUUUCGUGCCGCGUUUCAACUGAUAGUUAAUAUUUUGACGCCUCAGUUGUUCGAGAUACGGAUAGAGCUAUCCUCUGAUUAAAGCUCUAUCCACUGGAUGCAUUUGCGUUCCCUAACAUAUACUUAUCUGUUGGAUAAUAACCUCUCCGGUGGAUAUUGCUAUCUAAACUUUAAACAAGGAAAAAACCAGUUUCACUGACAUAUUAUUCACACAUUGCUCCAAAUCUUUGAUUUGAUCAAGGAUCAAUAAUUCUUUCAUUUUUAUUUUAUCUCCUUACGCCUCGGAGCAAAUUCGUUUUCUUAGUCUCUUCUUCUCUCUUUUCGUUUUCUUAGUCUCUUCUUCUUCUUCUCUUCUUCUUCACAGUAAACAUGAGCCUUGUGUUGCACCAACCUUUUCGUGCCGCGUUUCAACUGAUAGUUAAUAUUUUGACGCCUCAGUUGUUCGAGAUACGGAUAGAGCUAUCCUCUGAUUAAAGCUCUAUCCACUGGAUGCAUUUGCGUUCCCUAACAUAUACUUAUCUGUUGGAUAAUAACCUCUCCGGUGGAUAUUGCUAUCUAAACUUUAAACAAGGAAAAAACCAGUUUCACUGACAUAUUAUUCACACAUUGCUCCAAAUCUUUGAUUUGAUCAAGGAUCAAUAAUUCUUUCAUUUUUAUUUUAUCUCCUUACGCCUCGGAGCAAAUUCGUUUUCUUAGUCUCUUCUUCUCUCUUUUCGUUUUCUUAGUCUCUUCUUCUUCUUCUCUUCUUCUUCACAGUAAACAUGAGCCUUGUGUUGCACCAACCUUUUCGUGCCGCGUUUCAACUGAUAGUUAAUAUUUUGACGCCUCAGUUGUUCGAGAUACGGAUAGAGCUAUCCUCUGAUUAAAGCUCUAUCCACUGGAUGCAUUUGCGUUCCCUAACAUAUACUUAUCUGUUGGAUAAUGACCUCUCCGGUGGAUAUUGCUAUCUAAACUUUAAACAAGGAAAAAACCAGUUUCACUGACAUAUUAUUCACACAUUGCUCCAAAUCUUUGAUUUGAUCAAGGAUCAAUAAUUCUUUCAUUUUUAUUUUAUCUCCUUACGCCUCGGAGCAAAUUCGUUUUCUUAGUCUCUUCUUCUCUCUUUUCGUUUUCUUAGUCUCUUCUUCUUCUUCUCUUCUUCUUCACAGUAAACAUGAGCCUUGUGUUGCACCAACCUUUUCGUGCCGCGUUUCAACUGAUAGUUAAUAUUUUGACGCCUCAGUUGUUCGAGAUACGGAUAGAGCUAUCCUCUGAUUAAAGCUCUAUCCACUGGAUGCAUUUGCGUUCCCUAACAUAUACUUAUCUGUUGGAUAAUGACCUCUCCGGUGGAUAUUGCUAUCUAAACUUUAAACAAGGAAAAAACCAGUUUCACUGACAUAUUAUUCACACAUUGCUCCAAAUCUUUGAUUUGAUCAAGGAUCAAUAAUUCUUUCAUUUUUAUUUUAUCUCCUUACGCCUCGGAGCAAAUUCGUUUUCUUAGUCUCUUCUUAUGCGGUUUAAGCCAUUGGGCAUAAAAUUUUGGGUUCAUAAUAUUGUCUUUCCCAUGUAGGUACCGUUUUGAUCAAAGGUACCUGUGUCCGCAAUGACGACGAAUCUAUGGUCAGCGACCACUUCUGUGGCGGAGAGAGGCCUAGGGAUGAGACAGUUAUAUGCAAUACUCAUGAAUGCCCAGCGAGGUGGGUACUGAAAUCUACCAAAAGAAUAUAUACUUCUGAUUAUAUUGUUUUUUAUUUUCAAUUGCUCCUGAAGCUGGUUGGGAAGGCCACUUAUUGUGGUGGAUACUUUUAGGUGGAAAACCGGUGAAUGGACAGACUGUUCUAAAACCUGCAAUGACGGUCACCCAGGAGAGAGGACACGGGAAGUUAUUUGUACUGACGAGUCGCAUGGUAUAGAGACUGAAGUGGAGGAGUUACACUGUGCAGAACCUAAACCGGCAGGACGUGAGACAUGCGCACAUCAUCCUUGCCCUGCUGAGUGGGUUACCGUGAAAUCAUCUUCAGUAAGUAUAAGUCAAGAAUUUAGUAUCACGCAACCUCGUCACUGGGGCUUUUCCCUCAGUAAAUAGGAGUAGCCCCUCACAUUCUAUAAGGGAAAAACCCUGGUGACGAAGUUGUGUAUCACGAUCUUGCAUCAGUUGUUGCAAAAUCAGCUAAAAAUACUUCUGACCAAGUGGAAGAAAAUAAAGUCGGCAGAAAUAUCAUGCGCACUAAAAGUCUCGACAAAACUUCUCGACUCUUGGCAAUAACAUAUAUGAUUUUAAAAUAAGCCACGAAAUGAACCUCUUUCCUUUUUUGGAGGCAAAACGUUGUUUAAAACCUUUCUUAACAUUGACAUCCUCUCUCUUGUUUAAUGGCAGUGUUCCGUCACCUGUGGUAAAGGCGAGCGAGAAAUUGAAGUGGUUUGCGUGAAGAAAGGAGAACGCAACGAAAAGGAACCCGUAGAAGAGAAAGAAUGCAACGGAGACAAACCACCUACCAGGGCCUCGUGUGACACUGGGAUACCUUGUUAAUGAUAUGGCUUGUACAGCGGUAACAUGGUUAACAGACAGCUUCGACAACAAGAGUGACUUUAUCACCUGAGAAAAAAAUCAUACCCGCAACUUGAAAAUUUUUGUUGCGUACACAGAAAUAUUCUCAAUAACUAUGAAUUAUCUUCUUUGAGCAAGUAAACUUGAGCCUUUACUUACUAUGAUAAAUGAAACAUUUGGUGACAAAGAGAAAAUAGUUUGCCACCAAAGACAAAAACUGUUCAAUGUGCCUGAAAGAGUCGAGAACAAACUGUACAGGUUGACUUAAAAGUCACCCACCCGGUUUCUUAAUGAUGAGACUAUAAUCACUCAAAAUAGCGAUUACUCUGAGUUGUUUUCGCGUUUUAAGCUUGAAUUUCAAGACACUUUCUCAAAUACUGUAAAUGUUGACCAUGUAAUGCUUGGUAACUUUGUCAAU